AUGGGGAUAAAAUUGAUAGUUUCAGAAGUUGAGGCAGGAGUUGAGGCAGUUAUUAGUCAUUUAGUGGUGAGGGAAUUCUGUAUUCCUUGUGCCCAUGCUCCUGCUUUAUCACCUCCUUCCCUUUGUCCAUCUCUUUGCCCAAAAUCAGCUGCUGAGGAGUUGGGAUACACAUUCUUACCAUGUGUACUUGCUGGGCUUAGUAAUGCUCCACAGUACUUAGAAAUGAACUCUGCGUCCUUAGAGAAGGGUUGCAUUUUGGCAAGUGAUGUUGAUAGUGUCAUCCUUCCAAUAGAUGCUUGUGGAGGAGAUGGUGCUCUAGCUUUUGCUAGAAAUCAAAGAACAAAGCCACUUAUAAUUGUGGUGGAGGAGAAUGAAACAGUUCUUUAUGAUACACCGGAUAAUCUUGGGAUUGAAGCGGUAAAAGUCUCAAACUAUUGGGAAGCAAUUGGCGUUGUAGCAGGUCACAAGGCUGGAGUAAAUCCCCAUUCUCUUAAGCCUGCUAAUGGUUUUGCAGUUUCAACUGCCCAUUGA